GCGUUCUCAUUGGUUAUUCAUUUGUGGUGUCAUUAGAACAUACAACAAUAAUGGCCGAUCCACUAGGUUGGUCUCUCGGAGCUGAUGGUUUUCCUGACUUAGGAGCCGAUUUUCUGAGUCCAAAUUCGUUUGACAACAGCAACAUUGAUGAUAUUGAUGAUAUUGUAAGGUAUAUAUGCCCAGAUGGCCCGGGUGCUGCAGAUGUGUUUGAAAGUGCACCAGAAACAAGUACAGCAGAUUUGUUACUGCAAGAUGCUCAGUUACACAACACUGGAAUAAUUGACAUUAAAGAUGAACCAUCUGACUUCGAAUUAGGUGAACAAUUGUUGCUAUCUCAUGUACAUCAGUCAGUCAAGCCAGAACCAAACCCAUUCUCCUUGACAUCAGAAUCUCUUCUUAACUCAUUACAGAAUACAAAUACUCAGCAAGCUUUAGAACUUAACCCAACAUUAAGCAGUGCUCAACAGUUGCAACAGGCUGCUCUUAAAUUACAAGCUGCAGCAACACAAAGACAAAACCAACAAAAACAAAUUCAACUGCUUCAGUUAUUGCAGCAAUAUCAGCAGCAGCAGCAACAACAGCAGCAGCAACAACAACAGCAGCAACAACAACAACAGCAGCAGCAGCAACAACAACAGAAAAUAACACUGACAACAGAUCAGUUAAAGUUGUUGCUUUUGGAGUAUCAAAAUAGACAGAAUGCUCCUGUUGUUCAACCCACACCGCCACCACAGCAGCAGCAACAGAAUAGCAACAGUAGUCUUACAGUGCAGCAACUUCAACAGUUACUACAACUACAGAAUCAGUUGAAAUCUAACAGUGGAAAUCAGCUUCAAGUAUCAAACAUAGGAUCCCCUGUGCAGGUAUCCAGUCCGAUCUCUAUCCAGAAUGCUCCAUCACCAUCAUCCAUACAAAUAAGUUCAUCGCCUACUUACAUCCAGACACCAUCACCAAUCCAAAUACAAACUAGUCAAGGCACCUCAUCCUCCCCCAUUCAGAUACAUUCACAGCAGGUUACGAAAACGUCAGCAGUACGACCCAUUCAGAAUAUUGUGACCAGUGGCAGUACUAUUGUAACAACAAAUAUUCCAAUUCAGAUGGUAGAUAGGUCAAAUGAAAAGGUGCCUAUAAAUAGAUUGAAUCAGAUAAAGAAUGAGGGGAAACCUGUAAAGGGAGAGAAGAGAACUUCACACAAUGCUAUAGAAAAGCGUUACAGAUUAAGCAUCAAUGACAAGAUUACAGAAUUGAAAGAUUUGGUCGCAGGAACAGAAGCUAAGUUAAACAAGUCUGCAAUAUUAAGGAAAGCUAUAGAUUACAUCCGUUAUCUCCUCAGCCAAAAUGAGAGAUUGAAAAGAGAAAAUUUACAGCUGAAAAUGGCAGCAAAGAAACAAAAUUUACAGGAGUUGUUGUUGUUGUCAAAGGACACUACAGAGGACUUGGGUAUGAUGACUCCGCCCAGUUCCGACAUGAGCAGUGAUAGUGAUUCUUCACCUGGAAGUCCUGUCUAUGAUGAAAUGGACUCCCAGUCCAGUUUUUCAAAUAGUGGUAUGGCAGACAAGACAAGAUUUACUCUGUGUGUAUUCAUGUUGGGUGUCUUGGCAUUCAAUCCAUUUGGUGCUAUAUUUGAUGCCAGUGGUGUACAAGGCUCUGCUUCAUACCAGACAGACUUUGGUGGAAGACAGUUACAAGGGAUGGAAGAAGUGGAUGUAGGUUCAUGGUCAAUGUGGAGAUCUGGACUUAUUCCAACUUUGCUUCUUUGGUUACUGAACGGUGUUAUUGUAGCAGUUGUGUUAGCAAGACUGUUUAUCUUUGGGGAACCAGUCACUUACAAGAACAGUGAAGCUUCAACUGCCUACUGGAGACAUAGGAACCAGGCUGAACAAGAUUCUGCUAGAGGAGACUAUUCUGCAUCUGCCAAUCAAUGGAGACAAGCAUUACGGACCCUUGGUCGACCAUUACCCACCUCAAAAUUGGACUUGGCUGCUAGUUUGAUAUGGCAGAUAUUCAGACAGGUGUUUCACAAGAUCUACAUUGGUCGUUGGUUGUUCUGUCGUGCUAGAGGUAUCAGAAGGAAAUCGGUUGAACCAACAGAUGUCAAAAACUCUGCCAGAGACGCUGCCAUUGCUUACUUCAAGCUCCAUCAACUACACUUAGCAGGUCUGAUACCAGGAAGUAGCAUUUGGGGAUUGAAUCUUGGUUUGUGUGCCGUGAAUCUAGCAGAGGCAGCUGGAGAAUCAGUUACUGGGGCAACUAUGGCAGAAAUUUACAUUUCAACUGCUCUCCGAGUAACCACAGGAAAAUUCAAGUUCAUGGCUAGAUAUUUCCUGAGCUGUGCCAGAUACACGAUGUCUCGCAGUAUUGAACAGAUCCCUGCUUGUGUACAGUGGCUGUGUCAUCCAGAAGGUCAUAGAUUUUUUGUAGACCAAGAUUGGAAACUUGGCUGCAAGAGUAGCAUUUUCACUACAUGCCCUUCUGAAGCUGACCCAUUGUCACAAGUGACCCAACAGUUUAGAGAGCACUUGUUGGAGAGAUCUCUGUAUUCUCUAGUUACCCCUGGCAAUCGUUCGCUAGAUGGUGGAUCACAGUCAUCAGAGAUCAUACUUUAUACGCAACUUCUAACAGAGGCAUCAUGUCUCAGGAAGAAAGAAGGCGUUACUAAUCUGUCAACAGCUUUGGAAAUACCAGAGAUGGAUGAGUCCUCAGCCUGGUGGGCAGCAGUUGUAUCUGUAGCAGUUUACUGGUUGAUUGGUGAUGAUGAAAAUGCUGAACGUAGCUUUCCUAUGGUAGACUCUUUCCCGAAGAAACUACAACACUCUGAUGAUCCUCUGCCAAAGUCUGUGUUGUUGGCAUUUAGAGCCAGGAGGAACUUCUGUAAUAACCAGGGAUCUAACUUAUACUCUGUAAUCAGACAGUGUGACAGGGCUGGCCGUCUUCUUAGAGAGAGUCUGAAAUUGUCAUACGCUAGAGAAAAUACAGAUAUUACACAGGCUGUACAGUUGCUGGUAUGUGAUUGGUUGCUGGCAACAAGGACAGAGAUUUGGGAGAAAGAACAGAGCACCGGGGAGAGAGAUAAUGCUUCACAAACAGAACUGAUAGCAUUCCAGCAAGACCUUACCAGCCUCAGAAAACUGGCACAUGAUAAUAAAUCUGCAUUGCCCAGGGUAUUUUUACAUGAGGCUACAGGUCGCAUGAUGGCUGGAGCCAACCCAGCACGCACCCAACAAUUGUUGGACAGAAGUAUUAUCAGACGUAGGGUAUCCAGGGAAGAGAAAGGUUUAAUUAUCCAGAAAGAAUCAGAUGGGGAGACGCCGGAUAGAGAACAGGCUACAGCCCUACUGAUGGCUGGACGCCACCUUCCAGAGUCCCUGAUGGCAAGUCCAGGGGAUCGUGCCACGCUCAUAUCAGAGGCUAGCCGUCUUUAUGAAGUUUUGGGUGAUAAAAAAUCUGUACAAAGUUGUAGACGGACUUUGAUGCUGCUUGAGGAGAAGAGCCAUGUUCAAAGUGCAACCAUUCAGUGUUAACUCUGAAAAAAUUGUCUUGACUUUACUUUACAUUCUCAGUGACAAAAAAAAAUAGUUUAUAAAGAAAAUGGUUGCGUUUUUGACCAUUUGGAAUGAAUUUUUGAGGUUUUUUUUUCUGCUCAUUUCCUUGUUAAAUUGAGUAACGUGUGUCUGCCUCACUUUCAUAUUUAUUUAUUUUCUGUAUAUUAUAUCAUUAUUUGUUAAAACAAAUUCAUUUUUCAUUAACGAAUAGAAGGUUAGUUUGUAACUGAACAUUUGUAGUUUACUUUAUACUGAUUUAUUUCUAUGUUAUGUGACUAAUCAUGCUUUGAAGAAAGCAUCACUGAAAUGUUAAAGAGGUGUUUAUAAAACAUGUGCGGCGAGUUUAGUUAUUUGAUGCUUCAUGUUAUGAGUUGAAUUUCACCAUCAAUAUUUGUAAAUAUUUGUCCAUGUCUCAUUUUGGAAAAUAAAAACUACAUUGUGAACUUCGUGAAAA